CGCUACCCGGCUGCUUGGUAACCUCUUCUCAUUGCGCUCACUCCAUCUUUCAGUCGCAAACCAUCUCACCCGUCUUCUCCAACCCCAAGCAUCAAGCGAAGUUGCGAUCCCAGACAGCCGUCGACAGCCUUUUUGGGUAAUCCACAUAUCGUCUCUCUCGCAGCUUUACGACAUCUCUUCAAUCUUGGAGUUCGUUCAGGACACCAGAGCGUUUGUUUUGGGAACAGCUCACCGCGAAGCGCGAUUCCAACUAUCUCGGACGGAAAGAAAAGCAACCAUCUUCGAGUUCGCUGCUGCCCUCGCUGUCCACCCGAGCUUUAUAUUCUUCCGCACCCUCGCAACAGAGAAAGGGAGCUAGGCAAAGGCAUCUCUCUUGGCCAUCACGACACACGAAGGGAGGCAAAGUGUUAACUGUCAAAGAGGAGACACAGUAUUCAAAGCACCAGGUGAGUGACGUUGCCCUGGGGGAGGAUGAUGUUGUGUACGCAUCAUCCGUCUGUUGUUAUCGACGUGUUCUCCUUUCUGGAUGCAGCGAAUUUGGAGUUUUCGAAUGCGAACACGCUCGAAAAUCCGACUUCAUCUUCAUCGUCUACAGCACACGCUUCACACCCAAACACAAUGAUGUACCGUGGAACGACAAACCUCUCCGCCGCUCGGAGCUUGAACCGAGUCAGGCCAUGCGGCCCGACAAUCAAGACAACUGUGCAGGAUAUGGACACUUCGAAUCACAAGUCCCCAGCCAUCACAUCGACCGACUGGCGCAAGCGAGCGGCCGCUGUUUCCUCGCCACCUCUCAAUGCCAAAGGCAAGCAGCCUGUGAGCUACGACGAAAACGAGGACGUAGGCAUGCGGCUCGACUCGGAAAACUCUUUUUCAGCGCCUCAAUACCGUUACCCCAGGGAUAAACGGGCCCCUUGGGAAACGGUUUUCUCCGCCCCAGCGUGGCAGCAGCCGUCUUCAUCAUCAUCCAUCUCUGGGGAUAAUCACAGGGAGACAACCAAAGUUCAACUCAAGCAUGUCAGCCCCAUAGUCACCAAGGUCGAUGGGGAGGAGAUCACGAUGCCCAACCGCUUCUCCUUCGAGGUUUCUGUGGUGGACCAGAACAACGCUCCGCUUGGUGUUGCCGUGGGCGAAUUGAAGCCCUUCGAUCGCUCAACCCCCUUCCGACGCAUUCCAACUGAGGAUUCUGAGACACUAUUAAAUAGCCUUCAAAAUAUUGUGAAUCGGCAGUCUGUUUGCAACCAGGAUAUGCUCAAUUCGGUUCCUUCGUCUUCCUCGGAAUCUCACGGCUAUUCCCAACUGGUUGGGCUGGAGGAGCAGGAGAGUAGCCCUGGUGCUGCGACCCCAGAGUCCUCGGAUGCUGAAGCCGAGCCCAGCCGUGCGCACGCAAGGCUUCGCGAGGAAGAAGCUCGUUUCCAGAUGAUGCUACGCCGUCUUGAGAAUCGGCCCGCUUCAUCAUCGAGUCUCGAAGCUGACAGUGCGCCAAGGCAGCCCCAUGGCGUUGUCGACCCUGCCAUCGUGGCGAUGAAGGUCAAGGGUAAGCCGGACACGGAGGCUGCAAACAAGUUCUUUGCUCAGAAGCUGAGCGAGAUGCAAGAUAAAGGGAAGCAGAAGGCGUCUGACUCUGGCUAUGCUUCGAACAACCGCAGUCAGCAUUCAAAUAACCGCUCAGGUUCUGCCAAUGCUAGAUCCGACUUCUUGUACGAUUCCAUACCUACACACAAGGGGUCUUGCGACCGCUCAGGAGUCUUCGACGAUAGAUCGGACGGAUCUUACGGAUGCUUCGCUUCGCAUUUUCCGCGCAAGGAGCCUUCACUGGAUGACGGCCAGAACAAGGCGCUGAAUCCUGCUGCCGCCGAAUUCAAGUCGGUAGCCCAGACGGACGACGUGCCGUGGCUCUCAGCCAAAAAGAUGUCUCGCCCGCCACUCACCAACGUAUUCCCCGACGCUACGACAAGCCACCUUUCGCGCCCGCACAGCAUUCUGCCGGAUGCUUAUUUUGGGCCCUCUCGACAGGCCACGGGCCCCGCUGUUGCAGGACCGAGUAACGAAAACCGAGCUUUUAACCAUCGUAAAAACAGCCCCCUGCCGGAUGCUUUGUUUGGACCCUCCCUCCCGACAACAGCCUCGGCUGUCGCAGAACCAAGUAAUGGAAAUCGGGCUAUUGACGAGUAUGUCCUCGCGCAGGCGUCUGGUUCGACCAACCCGCGCCCUCACCAGAUCAGGCCAUCCCCGGGGUUUGCCGCCACGGUGUCGCCGGUAACGCUACCAGGCUCCGGAUUGCUGGCUGCUGCUCCGCCAUCCGCAACGUCUUCCAACGCCGCAGUCAACGGCACGUUUAUGCCCCUUUCCGGUCUCAAUGCAUUCAACACCUUCCCGCCCGCAGCCGGAACCACCACCGUGCCCAUGCCCGUAUUCAGCCAGGCAGCGGUGGCCACCACCAGCACAGGGCUCAACAACGUCUACGUUCCCGUCACUUCGCUGCCAUCGAUGCCCUAUCCCCCCGGGCUGGCCCCCCAAUUCCAACAGCCACAACAACAGUCUCUUCCGCUUGCCGGACCACCAGGACUUACCAACGCCGGCAACAACAUGCCCCCGGCGCAGGUUCAGCGUCCGUACUUCCCCGUCACCACCAAGCCCCGCGACCACGAUCCGGUCAAGCAGCAGCAGUACGAGGCCUACCUGGAAUGGCGCAAGGCCAACGAGCCGGGCUACCACUUGGGGUGCAAGGUGCGGCAGGCGCAGCGCGUGGUGCGGCAGUACCAGCAGCAGCAGCAGCUGAUGACGGCGGUGGCGGGGCCGGCGACGGCGGCGGCACUGGAGGCGGGCGCGACCUUUCCGACGGGCACAGGCGCCUAGAAGGCGAUUGCCGAGAAGGCCAAGGCGGCGGUCGGUGCUGCGGCGCGGCAGGCGCAGGCGGAGAGGAGGAGGAGGGAGGAGAGUGUGCGGGAGGAGUUGAGGGUUAAGGUUAGGGAGUUAAGUCAUGGUCAAGGUCGGGGGGAGGGGAAGGGGAAGGUAAUGGGGGAGGUGUCGUCGUCGUCGCGGGAAGUGAUGG